AAGAGUAUAUGGCCUGUUAUCUCACCCCUAGUGUACAGUCGCCUCAGUCGCGACGGUGGAUAUAUAAAUAAUUGUUGUUUUUUUUUCGCGGCAAAAAGUGCAAACAUUCUUUUUACGACAUCACAAUUCAAGGAAAACAACACGAGCAAUGGUUAAGCUGGGCAAAAAAAAAUUAGCAGAGCUCUCGGAAAUAAGCAAAAAGAAAUCAGCCGCAUGCUCCGACAGUGAUGAAAAUCCGAAAAAUGGAGCCAACAAUUCAAGCGAUGAUGAUGACUCCGAAAUUGUCAACGAUAAGCAGGAAACUGGCUCGAAAAAACAACGGGCGUCCGUGGCAUCCACAAAGAUCACCAUCAACGACAGCGACACGGAUGGGAGCGAUGAUCUGCCAUUGAAUGGCAGCAAAGCGUCCAGCUCGAGUGGACCGCCCCGAAAGAAGCAAAAGAAGACGCCCAAAUCGAAGGGCAAAGCAGCGCUGCAGGCGGCGGCUGCUGACAAGAAUAAAAACAAAAAAUCAUCAACCAAAGCCGUAUUAGAUGACAAUAAUGAUGACAAUGACGAUGACAUCGCCAACGCCGAUGAUGAUGUUGACAGGGAAUUCGAGGUGGAGGCGAUUGUGGGCCACAAGUCGAAGAACGGCGAGUCGUUUUUUCUGGUGCGCUGGAAGGGUUACGGCAAGGAGGACGACAGCUGGGAGCCGGAGGCCGAGCUGAAUUGCGACGACCUGAUCGAGGAAUAUCGCAAAAAGCAGAACAGCAAGAAGAGCGCCGGAGCUGGUAAGAAGUCGCCGGCAGCGGCAAAGGGUGUACGCGGCCGAAAGGCGAGCAGCAAGACUGUAUCCAACGAUCCGGAUAAGGAGUGGGCAGUGGAACGCAUAUUAGACUCAGUCCAUGACGAUGAGCACGGCGUUCUCUAUCGCAUACGCUGGAAGGGCUUCGGUGCCAAGGAGGACACCUGGGAGCCUGAAUCGAAUCUAUCCUGCGAAGGCCUAAUCGAAAAGUACAAGAGGAGACUGAACGAGGAACGCAACGUGGAUGCGAAACAGUUGCGAGAAUCGCCGAAGAAAACGAAGCGCUUGGUCAAUGAGACAAUUCCACGCUCCAACUUACACAAUCGAAUCGAGCGUUCCUCGAAGCGAGCUGCAGCGAAAAAUCGCGUUUUCUAUGGCGAGGAAUAGGAGAACGGGACUUGUAGUUCAAUACGAGAUAUUUGACGACAAAUAACAACAAAACAAAAAUAA